UACAUUGUUGAAGCAUUGCAUCACAGCUUUCAUCAGCAGUGUGAUCAAACACGCCACAGUCAUGCAGACUUCUCCCAACAUGUGAAACCGGACACCUACUUUCUCAACCCUUCCCAAACACUCUUAUCUGCACUUCCAGCUGUCACUAGAACACCAUACAGAACAUUAACGCACAAUUCAGACUUUAACUGCAGCAAGUGACUCCUGUAAAGUUCAGACGAUCGACAUCGAUUAAAAGUCUCCGUAAACUUGCGGUUCAAGAAAACAGUUGAAGAAACACGGACGGAGGAGGGCGGGAGGAAAGGGAAAGCCAGAGGGGUGUUUCCUCUGCAGCAGAGGAAGGAUUGAACUAGUGAGAAAUAAUUCAUUAAACAGCAUGAAAUGUUGAAGUAUAUUGAAUUUUCGCUGACAGUCGCGAUGUCGACAUCAGUUUUACUAUAAAAGGAGAAUCCAGACAGCGACAGGCAUUAUGAUACGACCGCUGAUGAACCCUCACCAUUGGGCCGGGGGACCAAAGAGCAAAGUGAGGACUCCCCCCUGGAUGAUCACGACCUACCCAUCAUGCAAUGGGAAGAUUUAAGUUUGCGGAUUGCAGAGCUAGAAAGGCAGGAAGAAGAAAGAAAGAAAAAAGCAGAGAGUCUAGGUUUAUCAGAGCGAGACCGAAUACUUGGAUGCUGGACAGAAUCAAAACACCAUUCACUCCAUCGGGAGCCAUGGACGGAUGAGAACGACUACAGUCCCUGCCGUGUCCCUGUCAAAACAUCACGGUUUAAUAGUCCUAAAAACCUUCAGCUGUGUUUCAUCAACAACAGUGAGAGUGAGGAGGAGGAUGAGGAAGGAGCAUCUAGCAAAGAGAGCUCAUGUGAGGCAGAGGUACGUGGGAGUUGCUCUCGGGGACUAAAACAGGAAGUAAAAGCAGCACUCAGGACUCUCAGAGACAAGCUAUGGGCCGAACAGAAGGAGAAAGAGAAUGAAGUUCCACAGGAUCACAUAAGGCAAGCCACCCACAGUAGCAUGAACAUAAGGAGAAAGAUUCUUAGCCUUAGUGAUCUGCAGACGUGCUCUUUACUGCAGCUGAAUGCACUCAGGGCCUCGCUGAAUGAGGACAUUCAAGAUUUGAGCUCAGAACUGGUGAAACAUCUCGUAGUACGGGACCACCUUCGGACUAAGCAAGAUGCUUUGCUCAUGGAUGUACAGGAUAUGACAUCAUUAUGAACUAUCUUUUUGUUUGGAACACUGCGUAACUGCAGUUUAAUGUUGGCACUUUCUGAAAGCAGUAAUUUACUGUUACUCAUCCUGUGGACUAACAAAGGCCAAAAAGUCCUGUUUAUUCUUGAAGAAAUGUAGCCCUCACAGAAACUUUUGUUAAAAUGUGAGUCACAUUUAUUAUAGUCACAAGUUUUAUUGUGGGAAAAAGUGCCUCAUGACAAACUCUAACGGCUCUGAUUCAUAUGUCACUUACAGUUUAAUUUUACUUACAUAAAGAAUAUAUUAAGCUGCUGUCAAAGCCAUAUGUGAUCAAUAACUGUGAUGUAUUAAUCAUCAGAUACUUUAAGCAUUCCAUUAAAAUACAGUAUAUGUAAUCGCCACGAAAAUAUAAACGUGUGCAUAUUGCAGUCAUGAAUGUGCCUUAUAACUUUCCUGUGUAUCGAACUUAUACAUGAGAAUGAAGUAUAUCUCAGUGCUAAAUAUUCACAAUAAUUUAAUAAAUCAUUUAUUUUAUA